AUGCCAUACCGAAAUCCUGUUCACGGCUGGCGCCAGACGACAUUAAUCACAACCCAACUAGUUGGCCUUCUUUUCUCGGCUAUUGACGCGUCCAUCGUCUCGACUUCACUCGUUACCAUAUCUAUCAGCCUUCAAGAUUUUCUCGAUGCCCCAUGGGUCGUUCUCGCUUACCUUUUGGCCUACUUUGGAUUCGCUAUAGGUUUUGCCAAAUUAAGCGAUAUCUACGGCAGACGCGACAUGGUAUGCUGCUCAUGGGUACUCUUCGUUGGUUUUUCGAUCGGAUGCGCCUGUGCCACGACCAUGGCCCAGUUAAUUGUCUGCCGAGUGUUCCAGGGCAUGGGCGGUGCUGGUCUAUAUAGCUUAAGCCAAAUCGUACUUUUCGAAGCAGGACCCAAGAGUAGGCCAAGCCUGAUGGGUGGUCUAGUUGGCGUUACACUUGCCGUUUCAUAUGUCCUUGGGCCAAUUCUAGGUGCUGUCAUCUCGUCUACCACCAAAUGGCCCAUAAUAUUUUGGAUCAAUGUCCCGGCUGGUUUUAUCGUCGUCCUUGCUAUACUCUUGGCAUCGCCGCCUGAAACUGUGACUCGCCAGAGAGGCUGGGCUUCGAUUCGAAAGAUUGAUUUCGUAGGGAAUGUUUCAGUCAUAUCUGCAUGUACAUUGUUGGUAUUUGCCCUCCAGGAGGCCGGUGCGUACACGUACGCCUGGGAUAAUCCUGUCGUUGUCGUAUCACUGUCUAUUGCCUCUUUAAGCUGGAUAAUAUUCUUUACCUGGGAGAUCUAUCUGGGGUUUAAACGUGCCACGCACAUAGAACCGAUCCUACCUUUGAGACUCUUCCUCCGACGGGUAUAUACCAGCUGUGUGAUAUGUACGUUUUGCACAGGAUAUGUCUACCUAUCGAUUUUAAUCAUUUUGCCCGAGCGCUUCCAAAUAGUCAACGGCGAAACCGCUCUUUACGCAGGAAUCCACCUGUUACCAAUGUUAGGAGCAACUUCUUUCGGGGCUUUCUCAGCCGGAGCUAUCUCACGCAAACGAAACAACACAUCAUGGACAAUGAUGAUAGCUCAUGCCUUUCAACUCCUAGGCAUUGGCCUUAUGUCUAUGCUUCGAGAGGCCACUGCCGAGACUAAAGCGCAAUAUGGGUUCCAGGCACUUCUCGGCCUCGGGUUCGGACUGUCUCUUGGUGCGGGGACAAUCAUGGCUUCGGUGCAAUCGUAUAGCCAAGACUUAGCUGUGGCUCAAGGCACAAUCGCACAAGCUCGGGUAUUCGGUGGUGCUAUCGGGAUAGCAGUUUGCAGCAUAAUAUUUAACAGAAAGGUGACCACCGAACUGGGAAGCAAAAUGGAUCCUGCCGACCUGGCAGCUCUGCACCAUAGUCCUACAAUUGCUCCCUGGCUUCCAGAGGAUAUCAAAUCCCUUGUUAGAUCGGUGUAUGCGUCGGCAUUCACAUAUGAUGUCAACGUCAUGAUUGGCAUCGCGGCUGCUGGUCUCAUCGCCAGCGCAUUCACCUACCAGCGACGCCCACCCGCGAUGUCCACUGUCCAGCAGACCAAGGAAGUCCUGGGGAUUGAUGGGCAGAGCGACACGGAGCUAAGGUUAGUCAACCACCCAUGA